CACAAUACCAAAACACAACCCAAAUUCAUCAAUCUAUCAACGAGAACACAAGCUAAGAAAGAAAAAAAAAAAGAGAGACCACAAGUAGUAUAUGAGAGCUGCACUAAACAGAGCAAAUUUUGUUGGAGGGUUGUUUUCAUUCAGAAACAUUAAAUCUAUGUCGUCUUCUUCUUCACAAAACUUCGUAUCAAGAUCUGUAAUCAAGAAAGUCUUCGCUAAGCUUCAGAAAGAAGGCGAUGGAGCCGUUGUCAGACGUGGCAUUUCCAGGAGUGAGCAGAAGUUAUUAGAUCCGUUCUUGAUGCUAGAUGAGUUCUCUGUUUCACCUCCAGCUGGAUUCCCAGAUCACCCUCACAGAGGUUUUGAAACUGUUACGUACGUACUUGAGGGAGGAAUUACUCAUCAAGAUUUCAAAGGCCAUAAGGGUACAAUCUAUGCUGGUGAUGUUCAGUGGAUGACUGCAGGAAGAGGAAUCAUUCAUUCUGAAAUGCCUGAAGAAGAAAUCAACAAAGGUCUACAACUUUGGAUCAAUCUUUCAUCCAACGAAAAAAUGAUAGAGCCAAACUACCAAGAACUGUCGAGUUCAGACAUACCAAAAGCAGAACAAAACGGUGUCCAAGUCAAAAUCAUAGCAGGAGAAUCAAUGGGAAUCCAAUCCCCUGUUUACACAAGAACACCAACAAUGUUCCUUGAUUUCAUUCUCGAUCCAGGAGCUCAGUUCCACCAAAACGUUCCGGAAUCUUGGAACGCGUUUGCUUACGUUCUUGAGAGCGGUGAAGGCGGAGCUGUUUUCGGCUCAUCAAACGCGUCUCCUGUUUCAUCACACAACGUUGUAGUGUUUGAACAAGGAAAUGACGGUGUUAGUGUGUGGAACAAGUCAUCUUCGAAAAAACUGCGGUUUGUGUUAAUUGCUGGAGAACCAUUAGGUGAACCGGUGGUUCAGUACGGUCCUUUCGUGAUGAAUACUCAAGCUGAGAUUGAUAUGACCAUUGAAGAUUAUCACUAUGGUAAGAAUGGCUUCGAAAUGGCCAAGUAUUGGAGGUCACAAUGAUAGAGACACAAUAAUCAAUGUUUUAAUUAUUAUUUUCAUACUUGUUUUUUUUAUCCUAUGUGUGAUUUGAAUGGGACAAUAAUAAAGUUUAAACUCAA